GAGCAUAGAAUAGUCCUGUACACAUCUUUUGUACACAAGUCUUGCACACACCAUUUGCACGCAGUAGUCGUGUACUUACGAUUUGUACAUACUAGUCUUGUAUCCACGAUUUGUACACAAGUCUUGUACACACUAUUUUUACACAACAUUAGCGUGUUCAUGCUUCAAGCAGAGUCAAAGAUGAUCGCAUUUCUAGUCCUAGUGUCCGGAUUUGUGGGUCUCUCAGUGGCCGAAUCGGCUGGGUCUUAUGAAAAAGACCCUGAAUAUUGGCACCGCAUCGCCGAUCUGGAUUUGAAAUACAGACUAUCACCACGACAGAAGGGCGUGGCCAAAAACGUCAUUUUGUUUCUGGGGGACGGGAUGGGAAUCUCUACGGUGACGGCAGCGAGGAUCCUGGCAGGGCAGAUGGCGGGGAAAAACGGGGAGGAGAACCAGCUCAGCUUCGACAAGUUCCCAUACACGGGUCUGUCAAAGACAUACAGCGUCAACUACCAAACCACUGACUCCGCGGCGUCAGCCACCGCCUACAUGACGGGAGUCAAGACAAACAAUGGAGUCUUAGGUCUCAGCGCGGCGGCCUCAAAGGGAAACUGUAGCUCGUCCAAAGAUGCCCAUGUGGACUCGAUCCUACGCUGGUCACUCAAUGCAGGCAAGUCAGCUGGUGUAGUGACCACCACCAGAGUCACUCACGCCAGCCCCGCGGCCUCGUACUCACACACACCUCACAGGGACUGGGAGUCAGAGAGCAAAAGUAAAGAAUGUAAGGACAUAGCUAUACAACUGAUCACCGAAAACAGCGACAUCAACGUUAUCAUGGGUGGAGGUAAAGAUAAUUUUGCCAACAGAAAAGACAAGAGAAAUCUAAUUAAGGAAUGGGAGCAAAGAAUGAAAAAGAAAAACAACUCCUAUAAGUACGUCAACAACACAGCUGGUUUAAAAAGUGUGGAUUUUGACAAGACGAAUUAUCUUCUGGGAUUGUUCAGUCCCAGUCACAUGCAGAUUGAAAAAGACAGAGAUCCGAAGAAAGAGCCGUCAAUUGUCGAUAUGACAGAGAAGGCGAUUCAAAUCUUGCAGAAAAACAAGAAAGGGUUUUUUCUCUUUGUUGAAGGUGGUCGAAUCGACCACGGCCAUCACUGGUCCAAGCCGGCAGUGGCACUGCAUGAAACUGUGACCUUCUCCAAGGCGGUGGACAUAGCUCUUCAAAUGACCAACGCCUCGGAAACCCUGAUUGUUGUCACAGCUGACCACUCCCACGUCAUGACCAUGGGUGGAUCUGCAGCAAGAAAUAACCCCAUCCUAGGGCUCAGUGCUGACGAGAGCCAUAAGCCAAACGAUGAUACAUUAGAUGGUAAACCGUACACCACAAUCCUUUACGCUAAUGGACCAGGGCACAUAGACCCCAGACCAGACAUCACUAACGUUGAUACUAAUAGCACCAAAUAUGUCAGCCAGUCUGUUUUCUUCAUUGAUCCAGAGACGCAUGGCGGGGAGGAUGUUGGCAUAUUUGCCACAGGUCCUCAGUCCUUCCUGUACACAGGCGUCCACGAGCAGAACUACAUCCCUAUGGUCAUGGCCUACGCCUCAUGUGUCGGGCCCUACGCCGAGGGGAAAAAGCCAUGCGCCAAAUAUGAACAACCAUAACCGGCUUGAACAUCGACCUCUGUUCAACGACUUGGACAACUCUUAU